CUCCAUUUUUGUUUUGGUUCAGAGGUUGUAGGUCUUGUGGUGGAGAGGGUUGACGAGUGUCCGCUUUCCCUCAUGACGCCGACAUAAGAGCCUGUCUAAAUCUCCCUUGCAUGCAGAUAAACUCUACAAAACCAGCACCCUGGAUUUCGUGUAUGAAGACGGGGUGGGUGGGGCAGAAUGGAACAAUUUCGAUGAAGUUGGGCUUCAGCAGAUGAUUGAAUGGGAGGAGCCAGAUAAAGUAUCCUCUGGGCUUUAUGAUUCUGACCAUUUUGAAGAUGACUCCCUCUGCUCAUGGAACAGUGAGCAGGAGGUUGUAAUCACGAACAACUGGAGGGGAUGGAGGGGUCCACCAACCUCCACGCCAACCACUUCACAAGCAAGCACCUACAACCGCUCAACACAUAUCCUCUCCGUUCUGGUAAUAGCCGAUCGGUCCCAAUUGACAGCAUGGUCUUUGUUUCGUGGUUUCUUUGUGUCUCGUCCCAGCCGUACCGUCACCCAAGACAAAGGAGAUGGACAACCCAGCCAUGUA